CUCUCUCUCUCUCUCUCUCUCUCUCUCUCUCACGCAUGCGCAGUGCGUCGCUGUGAGUCGAGCUCGUCGUCGGCUGUGAGGAGUGAAGAAGAGCAGCUCCAGCCCGGUUAUGACAGAUGUGAAGCAUGGCGUCCUGCUCGGAGAUCUGUGGCUCGGAUUACGCUGAGCAGAGCCAUGGGGCCCUCAGCAGCGGUUACCAGGGUUACGGGGUGCGCUCCUAUCUGCACCAGUUCUACGAGGAGUGCACCGCUUCCAUCUGGGAGCGCGAUGAAGAUUUCCAGACACAGAGAUCGCCGAGCCGCUGGAGCUCUGUGCUCUGGAAGGUCUGUCUCGCGCUAGGCGCUCUGAUCCUGGUGGCGGGGUUGUCUGUGCUGCUGGUGGGCUACGCCACGCCGCCUCGCCUCGAAGCGUUCGGAGAAGACGAGCUGCUGUUCGUGGACGGCCGCGCGGAUGCGCUUCAACGGGCCCUGGACGCCUGCAAGCUGGCCGGAGCCGUGCUGUUCUGCGUGGGCGGCAGCGGCAUGGCGGUGGGGCUGCUGCUGGCCGCCUGCUCUCAGGGCAGCUCCAAGGAAGAGCUCCGCCUCCAGCAGCGCUUCAAAGAGCGCCUGGCCGAGAUCCAGGCCUCCGUUCAGCCCGUCACCCGCGCUCCCACCCCGGGAGAGGCCAAGGUUCCCGUCACGCUCUCCAAAGUGCAGAGCGUCCAGCCCGGGGCGGAAACCUGACCUCUUCGUCGCUCCGGUCAAAAACAAAACGACCGUCCCUGGAACAGUAGAGAUAGAUAACACUGCACUUUCUCCGGCGCAUAUCAUUCGUCU